CCAAAAAGGUUUCUUUUUUUUUCUUUUUAAAAUAAAUAUAUACGGAUUGAUUUAUUGUUUCUUGGAAUACAAGGAAUUGGGUUUGGGCGUGUCGGAAGAAGCUUUCUGCUUUUCCCUCUUGUCAGUUCAUGAGCCGGCCAUAAAACCUCUCACCAAACAAAACCCCGUCGUUGCCUCAAAGCCUUUUGUCUCUUUUUGCCUAAGUUUCCUUCAACAAGGAGCUCAAGUCCCAGUUGAGCGAAUUUCGAUCAUGGGAAGAAGAUCGAAUAUUGUACUGGAUGCUUUUCGCUGUUUCACUAGCAGGAUUUUUUCACCCAAAUCCCCAAUUCAACAUCCCGAUUUCGCUCCCAGAAAUACCUUAUCUAGGUCUUCUUCUUCAAUUUUAGCUCCCAAAUCCAAUAAAGGUAAGUUGUCUUCUGGGUUUUUUUCCUACUCUAAAAUCCCACCGAAGAAAAAACCAGCAAUUUGGCAUUAUAUUGUUUAUUAUUUUGGGUUAACAAGGACACCGUACAACAGUCCGUUUCCGCUUCAUGGCUGCUGUGGUGCAAGGAGAUAUUACCAUGUUGAUAGAUACCAGGUGCAGCAUUUUAGGCCCCGAGGGCCUCGGCAUUGGCCUUGGAUUUGGUUUCGGAAUCCUAGAAACGUUAUGAUUGCGGGUCUUGUGGGUUGUGGGGUUCUGGCAACAGCGUAUUUUAGGAAUCUAGAAACUAUUCCCUACUCCAAGAGAACCCAUUUAGUGCUUUUAUCCAAAAAAUUGGAGAGGAAGCUCGGAGACUACCUGUUCGAGGACAUGAAGGAGGAUGAAUUUGAAGGCAAGAUAUUGCCGGAAACACACCCCAAAAAGUGUUCGGCUUAGAUCGAUAUUCAACCGCAUAAUAAAUGCAUUGAAGGAUAAUGGGGACGAAUUGAACCACAACUGGGAGGUUGUGGUUGUGGAUAAACCAAAAGUUUCCAAUGCGUUUUGCCUACCGGGAGGGAAGAUUGUGAUUUUCAGUGGCAUCCUUAAACAUCUAAAAAGUGACGCUGAAAUAGCAACUGUCAUUGGGCAUGAGGUGGGACAUAGUGUUGCUAGACAUUCAGCUGAGCAUAUUACAAGUUAUCUGUGGUUGGAUAUUUCGAAAUUUAUACUAAGACGGUUCGUUAUGCGUGAUAUUGCCAAUAGAAUAUCAAAAAAACUUUUGGAGCUUCCUCUGUCUCGAAGGAUGGAAAAGGAAGCUGAUUACAUAGGGAUGAUGUUGAUGGCAUCAGCUGGAUAUGAUCCAAGAGUGGCACCCAAGGUGUUUGAAAGUGAUGGGGGAGAUGAAUAUUCAGAAUAUUUUUCAACACAUCCAUGUGGAAAGAAGAGAGCUCAGUUGCUGUCUCAACCCAAGGUCAUGGAAGAAGCACUGCGCAUAUACAGUACAAGGAUGAUGGGAGAAAGGAGCUGUGACAGAGUAGCAGGACGUCGCGGCCGGGAUUAUUGAAGUUUUUCUUUAGUAAUAAUAAUAUUAAUACAACUUUUACCUGGCUAUGAUUGAUUUACAACUCUACUUUUAACAGUUUUGGUUAACCAUCCAUUGAUCCCCUUGGCAGUGAUGGGGAUUCUUUUCAUAUGAUAUGAAUUUUUGUUUUGAGUUCAAAUG